CCGGGUCCCGGGACUGGGUGAUUGACAGCUCCCAGCGACCGGGACUCGGGACUGACACGUUGCCAGGGCCGUUUUGGGAAGCGGGAGACAUGGAUUCUGCUGUGCUGGACACAACCAACCCCUCUGAGGUCGAGGGCUACGACUUCCUGGAGCCAGGACACUCGGGCAAGGUUCUGGAGGGACUCUACAGCCUGUGGCUGAACCAGAUCUUCUGCGACGUCACCCUGUGUUGUGACGGGCAGGAGUUCCCCUGCCACCGCAUUGUGCUAGCCUCCUUCAGCUCCUACUUCAGGGCCAUGUUCUGCACGGGGCUGAUGGAGUCACGGCAGGAGCGAGUGGCCAUAAAUGGCGUGGAGCCACAGAUGGUGGGGCUGUUGGUGGCCUACUCCUACACCAGCCGCGUGCACAUCACCAGGGCCAACGUCCAGGCCCUGCUGGCUGCUGCCAACCUCCUGGAUGUCCCGCCGGUGAGGGAGGCCUGCUGCAAGUUCCUGGAGCAGCAGAUGGACGAGACCAACUGCGUGGGCAUCCACUGCUUCGCGGAGGCCCACUCCUGCGUGGAGCUGCAGGCCAGGAGCCUGGCGUACAUCCUGCACCACUUCCAGGCCGUCCACACGCAGGAGGAGUUCCUCUCGCUCUCCGCCGAGAAGCUGACUGAGAUCAUCUCCAGCGAUGACCUGAACGUGACCAGGGAGGAGACGGUCUUUGACGCUGUGGUGCUCUGGAUGGAGAGGGUUCGGUCGAGGAAGCACAACUUUGAGAAGAUCUUAGAGCACAUCCGCCUGCCCUUGAUCAGUCCCUAUUACAUCCACGACGUCAUCGAAUCCCAGAGCAUCGUCCAGGAGUCUCUCCCGUGCCAGCGACUGAUCGCAGAAGCCAAGGACUACCUCUUGUUGCAAGAUCGACGCGGUGAGAUCUUCGGACCCCGGACCCGCCCUCGAAGAUCAGCAGGGUCAAAUGAACUGAUUGUUGUAGCUGGCGGGGAAGACGACAAGUUGAUCCUGCGGUGUGUGGAAUCCUUCGAUCCUGUAGCCCGUGAAUGGAAGUGCCUUUCCUGUCUGCCCUUUGCCAUCAGUAAACACGGGCUGGUCGCCUCUGGUUGCACACUGUACGUGGCUGGAGGGGAGUUUCCCGAUGGGUCUGCAAGCAAGGAGAUGUGGCGUUAUGAUCCCUGUUACGACAUGUGGCAUAAGAUGGCCCCAAUGAAUGUGGCACGUUCUGAACUGGGUCUCGUCAUGUUGGAUGGCUACGUGUUUGCAGUGGGCGGAUGGGAAGGAACCUCCAGGUUGGAUUCCAUCGAGUGUUACAAUCCCCACACCAAUGCCUGGCGUUUCCUGGAAUCCAUGAAGAUAGCGGUGACCAGUCCUGCUGUGGUGGCUCUUCAGGGUCUCUUGUAUGUAGCAGGUGGAGCCGUGCUGGAAGAUGGUGAUGGCAUGAACUUGGUUCAGGUUUACAACCCAAAGACCAACACCUGGUCCGAGGUGGCUCCAAUGCAGAUUCCUCGCUCGGGAUCCGUUGCUUGUGUCCUCCAAGGAAAGAUUUACGUCAUUGGUGGUUGGCACGCUUCAACAGAGAACACCAACAAGGUGGAGCAGUACGACCCCAAGACCAACGCAUGGAAGAUGUGUGCCCCAAUGAACGAGAGGCGCUACCGGCCAGGGGUGGCUGUGAUCGAUGGCAAGAUCUACGUGAUGGGAGGAGAGGAAGGAUGGGAUCGGUACCACGACACCAUUGAACAGUACAGUGAAGAGGAUGACAAAUGGGAGAUAUUUGGAGAGAUGCUGACAAGUCGCAGUUGGUUAAGCUGUGCUACUGUGCCGAUCCGGAAGGAGACUUGGCCCAGCCACCUGGCUCAUCAAGGAGUUUUUGUGGAUUGAUGGGAAAUUCUGCCACUGCUUAAAGUGGAUAAAUCACAUCGUCUACAAUCUUGCAUAACAGCUGUCAACCACAGUUUGCAGAAUCUGGCUGUGUGACAUCUAUCGGAAAAGGUCCACGGUUCUCCCCAGUUUACAGAAGCACUUUAGGGCUCAUUUUCAACACUUGCAGCCCAGGCAGUAGGUCAAGCGGUGUGGGACAUCACCUCAGUGGGUUCUACAAGGGAUUUGGGAGGGUUCCUGGAUCGUGGUGGGUGCAUUCCUCCUUGGUCAUCAUUCAGCAAAGCUGAAAACCACCCUGAGUGUGCCUGGGGUCUGAGUGUAUACAAGAUGUAUCCCUGGUUUCGUACUUCAAUGGCUGUUGUAAAACAUUCUUUCUCUCCAUCAGAGAGACACAGUAACGUCCAUGUUCUGGCUUUGAUACUUUCUUGUGAUUAGACUGGUACAAGAGUUUUUUUAAAGCUCUCCUGUUUUCUACAGAACCUGAAGUAUUGGGGUAGUGUUCUAAUUACCCCGUCUGCACAGAAACCUCUCACUAAGAGUUGGUACCUAGCUGACACUGUCCGUAAGUGUCUGUUGCGUUGAUAGCCACUGCUCGGAGCCCUCGGCUUGGGAAAGGGUUCCUCUUGCUCAGUGCCACACAGGGAGGCUAGUGUAGCCAGUUGACCAGUGGUGUUGACCACAGUCUAUUUAUCUCGUACACGCACUACACAAAGAACUUGCUGUUGGUGAGAGAGGUUAAUUGCUAUGACCUGUGUAACUCUUAACCUCCACAAGGAAGCUGGCAUCCUCUGGGUGAGUUUUGCAAUAGGUUCUAAUGGCUUUUUUGCAAAAAUUGUUGCUGUAUAAUUCUCUACCUGAUCUUUGAGGUGGUUUCUCAUCGCCUGGAAUACUCUUUGUCAGCUAAUUGAAGAAUGCUACCUUUUUAUCCUCAGACCCUUAAGAAGUUGGCGGUUUUAACCUUUCAAAUGUGUUGGUGUUUGAGUUAGUUGCACAUAUAAAGACUAUAUAAUCGUGAAUUUAAGCAAUAAGAUUUUUACAGCAGUAACUCAAUGUACAACCCUAUGGGUUUUUAAGAAAACCACUGCUCCCGUUUAAAUGUGCAAAACUGCUUUCAUACCUCAGUAUUCCAAAUUAAAUAAAGUUGUUAAACCAUUUAAUG